AUGUCAGUCUCAUCGGUCGUGCUGAGUAGUGACAAACCAUUCACUUCUGAUAUACCAGAACCAGUUCCGGCCUCACUCUCAGGUCCGAGUCCGUGUUCAGCCGAAAUUGUCUUCUCGCCCAGAGAACCAGAAGUGACCAAGCCACUACUUAAGAAGGGAGCGUUUGUUAUUGGCAAGAAUUGUCGCCUCCUCAUAGACUGUGGGGCUACGCACAAUGUGUUAAAGCCCAAGAUUUACGAUGGACAGCGCAAGCCGGUCACAGUUCAUGUGACCACCUUCAACGGGGACAAAGUUACAGCCCCAACAAGGGAAUUAAAGACCAGCGUGCAAAUGGAUGGAGUUCAGUUUAACGAUGUCGCAUUCACGGAAUGGAAGACGUCGUCCGCAUACGACAGGAUUCUAGGACAACCAUGGCUGCAGAACAUGAACCCGAUUAUUGACUGGACAGAGCAGACAAUAUCGUACCGACAGCAGGCACCAUAUGCCUACCUGGCCGAUGAUCUGACCGACAAGGAGGCACAACAAGUCUAUGCCAAGUUGUGUAGCGUCGAAGUGACGCGUCCAAUGGUAACAAUGCUGCCACCAGGAGUAGAGCAGCUUAUUCACGAAUUUGUUGACCUGUUUCCUGCAUCAUUGCCUACAGGACUACCACCAGUGCGUGACGUGGAGCAUGCGGUUAUUGUAAAGCCAGGCGCUCGUCCUACAAGCCGACCUCCGUUUCGAAUGGCUCCAGUGGAGAAAGUGGCCCUAAGUAAGUUCGUGGACGAGCUACUUGCGAAAAAAUGGAAACAAGUCAGCUCGUCGGAGUGGGUAUCCAACAUCUUUGCAGUUCCCAAGAAAGACAUCAUCACAGGAAAGCUCAAUCACGGGCUGAUUGGAUUCGCAGUGGGAAUUCGAACGCAUUGGUGCGUUGGGUGA